AUGGAACCUCAGCGUGUAACAAUCGAUGGUCCUCAUACCGAUGUCUGGAAUCUGAAACGUGAAAUCAUCAACAUUUCCCGGUUAGGCGAUGGCACCGACUUUGACUUGAAGAUCUACAGAGAGAACAGCAAUGAAGAAUAUACAGAUGACACAGAGAUCAUCCCGAAAGAUUCAACCGUCCUUGCUCGACGAUUACCUGCCUCGGCACCCGGGAAAGGGCGAGCUGCUCGUUAUGUUUCCGGUAAGCCGCCCGUCAGUGCAAAGCCCACGGUUGCGAGCACUGCGAGCAAGCCUCGGAAGACGGUGGAUAUGGGCAAAGCCAUGACGGAACAAGAAAAGUUGCAGGCUAUGCUUCAGUUCACCGACGCGCAAUGGCAACAAAAACAAGAGGAAAUGUCACACGAGACCCGUGUGCCUAUGCAGGGAAAGCCCUUUGCCAAAAAAGCGAAUGUUCCAGAGGGCGAACCUCCUCACGGCUACAUCUGUUAUCGCUGUGGCAAGAAAGGCCACUGGAUCCAAGCCUGUCCAACCAAUGAUGACGCCUCCUACGACACCAAGAACCGGAUCAAACGGACGACCGGCAUCCCUCGGUCAAUGCUGAAGAAGAUCGAUCGAGCUGAUAUUGACAAGCUCGACGACGUGCAAAGACAAAAUUUGAUGGUGAACGCCGAGGGAGAAUACGUCUUUGCACAAGCGGAUGAAAAGGCAUGGAGAAAACACCUGGAACAGGUCAAGGCUGCCGAAGCGGCCCAGAAAAAAGAGCAAAUUGGCGACAAAGAGCUGCAAGAUCGAGGUCUGGAAUGCUCGAUUGACAAGCGCUUGUUUGUAGACCCAAUGAAGACACCUUGUUGUGGGAAGACAUACUGUCAUGUUUGUAUCGAGAAUGCAUUACUUGAAAACGAUCUCACAUGCCCUGGCUGUGAGACAGAGAAUAUCAGCCUCGAGCGUCUUGAGCCUGAUGAAGAGAUGAAGAACAAGAUCAAAGAGUAUGAAGCAGAAAAGGCCGCCGAGAAGCAACGGUCUAGAAGUCCUACAGUGGCCGCCGAUUCGCCAAAGGCCCAAGACACUCCUGCACACACACGGCCAGACUCACGAGACGGCUCUGCAACACCUCGAUCGGCGAGUGGUUCGGCGAGAAAGCGCAGUGCGAGUGAAGUGGAUCGAGCAACAUCUGUGGAUAGUCUCGCAGCACCGGCCAUGAAGCGACAGAAGUCUGGAGACGCAGUGUCAACACCCAAAGCGACCGACGCAGACGUGAACGGCACCAAGGCGAAGACUUCGACGCCAGAGAGUAAUAACGUGCUGCCCACGAACAUGAUGCCACCGGACUUGUCGCAGAUGCAAUCAGGCAACAACAUGAGUCUGCCCAUGAUGCCUGGCUUCAACCCUUUGAUGAUGAAUCCGAUGAUGAUGGGGGGCAUGGGCAUGCCGGGUAUGAAUGGAAUAAACCCCAUGAAUUUCAUGAAUCCCUUGAUGAUGAAUGGCGUAAAUCCGGGAAAUAUGAGCAACAUGGGUAUGGGCAUGGGCAUGGGCAUGGGCAUGAACAUGGCCAAUCCUGGUGCCAUGCCGAACUGGAACAUGAAUAUGAAUAUGAACAUGAACCAGAGUUACAAUCCCAACACCAAUUUGAACCAGAACCGCCCCAACAACUUCAAUCACCACAACAAUCGGCCCAAUCGAAACCAAAACUUCCCUCAGCAGUCCAAACCGUCAACGCCUCAACAACCGGCGGGAAUGACAGGCGUCCCGACGGGCCCCAAAGCACUGGUGAACCAGAACCAGAAUCAGAAUCAGAAUCAGGGCUUCUAUCCGCCCUCCGGCCCAGCAGGAAAUAGGUUCUCAAAUCAACAACGGCCUGUAGGGAAUGAGGAGGACAAUGCGUACAUGAGGCAACCUGUCAAUCCCCAUCGGCAUAUCAAUCGGAAUCGCAAGCCCCGACAGGCGGACUAUAGGGAACUGUGA